AAUUGCAGCAGCAACAAUAAUUGCAAUAUUCAGCAAUUGCAGCCAGCACUAACACAGCAACAGUUGCAGCUAAUGCAAAGGAGAUGAGACAUCACCGACACCCACAAAACAGUCACAAAGAAUUCAUGCAGCAACAAGAAUUCUAGUGGAAAUUAAAGCUACAGCAGCAACUAGAGCAACAACAGUUGCUGGUAAAUGCACACCUACAACAAUUGCUCAGUCACAGCAACAGCAAUAGCAACAAUCAAUGCCAACAGCAAGUGUAACAGUUGCAAUUGAAGCCUAAGCUACAACAACAACAACUGCAGCAGCAGCAGCAGCAGCAGCAGCAGCAACAACAACAGUUGCAGCAGCAGCAACAACAAGGCAAACACAGUUAAGGUGGCAUUUUAUAGCGAAGGCGCUGAACGGCGUUGGGUGCGGCAGGCAGUGAUGGGGGUGCUCAGGUGGCGCGAUCUGCCCGGAUCGCGAAUGUCGUCGGGCAAUCAUACAACAGCGACAGCAGCAGCAGCAGCAGCACACAACAACAGUAACAACAACAACACGGCUAACAACAGUCAGCAGCAAUAUCAUCACAACAACAACAACAUUAACAACAACAACAACAAUCGAGAGCAUCAUCGUGGCAGCAAUGCAAGCGAGGAGCGCGUGCCACAGCCACACUCACCACACGAUGGCGGCCACAUGAGCGGCGGACUGCAGCAUUCGGGCUCGCGGGCCACGUUGCGUCAUUCAAUGAAUCACUCCAGCAGCUCAAUGACGGGCGGCUCCGCCUCCAGUUCGACGCCCGCCUCGCCGCAGCUGAGCGGCGGCCAGCUGCUGUCGAACGGACACCAUUAUCAGUCACAGUCGUCGGUAUCGUCGAACUCAUCGAUUGUGUCGGCCAUACCCGCCUCGCAGCGCCUGCUCGAGGAGGCGCUGGCCAAGCCGGCGCCCUAUCCGAUGAUCCUGCUGCCGGUGCAUGGCGGCUACUGGCUGGACGGCACUGAGCACGAGUGCAGCUACGAUGCACGGGGCAAUCCGCAGCUGCCGCAGACCACCUGGAUGGCCAAGUUCGAGAUGGACGAUACGGCCAAGUGCUAUCGGCGCUUCUAUGCGGCCAGGGAGCACUCGAAUCUGGUUGGGCAUGAUGAGCAGCUCGGCCCGGUGCUGAUCUCGAUCAAAACGGAGAACGUGGCCAAUCAGGAGCAUAUGCGCAUCCUGCUGCGCCUGCGCACCGGCACCAUGCACGAGCUGAUACCGGUCUCGUGCCUGGGCGCCCAGCCCAGUCCGGCGAAGAUGGUGCGGCUGCUGAACGAACAGAUCCAGGUGGAUAACUUUAUGCCGGUGUUGUGCCCGAAGGCAUCGCAGCUGAUCAGCGUCUAUGAUGAGCAUGUGCUUGUCUCGCACUUCAAGUUCGGCGUGCUCUACCAAAGAUAUGGCCAGACCACCGAGGAGGAGCUCUUCGGCAACCAGCAGACCUCGCCGGCCUUCGAGGAGUUCCUCGAUGUGAUUGGCCAGCGCAUCAGGCUCAAGGACCACAAGGGCUAUCGCGGCGGCCUGGACAUCCAGAACGGGCACACCGGCGACACGGCCGUCUAUGAGGUGUUCAAGGAGCGCGAGGUCAUGUUCCAUGUGUCCACGCUGCUGCCCCACACCGAGGGUGAUCCGCAGCAGCUGCAGCGCAAGCGGCACAUCGGCAACGACAUCGUGGCCAUCGUGUUCCAGGAGACGAACACACCCUUCUCCCCGGACAUGAUCGCCAGCCACUUUCUGCACGCGUUCAUUGUGGUGCAGCCCCUGGAGCCGAACACGCCGCACACCCGCUACAAGGUGAGCGUGACGGCCCGGGACGAUGUGCCCUUCUUUGGGCCGACGCUGCCCAAUCCGGCGGUCUUUCGCAAGGGCCAGGAAUUCAAGGAGUUCCUGCUGACCAAGCUGAUCAAUGCCGAGAACGCCUGCUACAAGGCCGAGAAGUUUGCCAAGCUUGAGCUGCGCACCCGCACCUCGCUGCUGCAGAAUCUAGUGGAGGAGCUGAAGGAGAAGACGCGCGACUUUCUCGGCGCCGAUCUGUCGCAGACCCUGGCCGGCAGUCCGACACCCGAGACGCCCAAGUCGGAGAGCGGAGGSGGCGGCGGCGGCAAUGCGGGCACUCGUUUCAUUGACACCGUCAAGAAGGCCCUGAUCAUGCGCGUGCGCUCCCAGAGCGUGGACACCGGCAACGGGGCGCAUCCGGACAAGUUCAGCGUGAACACCAAGGUGGGCACGCUCAACUCCAAGAAGGAGCCACAGCCCGAGACACAAACGCCCAAUCUAAACACCUGCAGUCGCACGGCCUCCAAGUCGUCCUCCAAGUCGAAAUCCUCGAAUGAGUCCACAUCCUCCUCGCCGGACAUCACCUCACGUCCGGCUAACCACAACCACAACAACAACAACAACAACAAUCCAGCUGGCGGCCAGCAAAAUGGCGGCGGUGGCAUUGCCGCCGUCGCCGUCAGCGCUGCCCAAAACGGUGGCAUAGUGGGCGUGGCCGUGGCCACCAUGUCCGAGGCGAGCGACGACUCCAGCCUGAACAGCGUCGAUCUGGACCCGAUGAUGGGCCACCUGGACGGCGGUGCCGCCUACAUCGACAGCGACACGGGCCUGGAGAGCAUGAGCUCCGCGGAGGCAACGACCAAGGCCUGCUCGCUGUGCCUCGAGGGGGUGCAGGGCACCACCAUGAUGGGCAGCUCGCCCAGCAACGAGACCAUCAUGAUGAUCGAGAAUCUGCGCCAGGAGGUGACGCGGCUCAAGUGCGACAAGCUCGAUUUGCUGCGACAGAAUGUGACCUGCCAAAGGGACAUCAAACGUUUGCGGGAGCGAGAGCUAUCGCUGCAAGGCGAUCUGGCGGCAGCCGGACGUGAGAUUCUGCGUCUGCGCGAUCUGCUCAAGGAAUAUAUGCCAGAUACAGCCGCAGCGCCGCUCUCCAUUUCGCCCAUCUAAAGCGUCUAACGCCAAGCACAAAACAGGGAGGGACGGAGACAGAGACAGAGAGAGAGAGAGAGAGGGAGUGGGAGAGGGAGAUGGGAAGGAAGAGAUCGGAGGAACCACUGUGCCGUGUAUAACACUUUGGAUGCGUCGUUAUUUGUUUUUUCUUUUUUAUUUCUGGGGCCAGUUCUCGCAAAACUGUAUUAUAUUUAGUUUGCAUAGCUGUUGGAACUCGAAGAGGAUUGAAAGCUGAAGUGUGGCGG